GACAAUAACGCCAAACAAUUCAACAAAAAACUUUCAUUUUGGUCUUAUUGUUUUGGUGUUUUCUCCUCUAAUAUUGAAAGUUCUGCCAAUUUGAUGGCGGAUGAUAGAAGAAGAAAGGCCCGUGUACAAGGCGGAUGGGCUGGACCCUCCAAACCUGCGCCUCGAUCGGACAGAAACAAGCCUAAAUUGCCACCAACUCCUGCCUGGGUUGCAUCAAAUUCUGUUGACCAACCAGCACUUCAAAAGAAGUUUGUGUAUCAACAACCAGCAGAGGGAAUAAAAGCAAAGUUACCGGAACUAUGCAUAACGAAACCUGGUGUAUAUGACAUUAGUGAUGGUUCUGAAGGUGUUUCAAGAUUACGUUUUUUCCCGGAAUUCAUCAAAGAGUCAGAAGCUAGUGAAAUAUUUCAUGAACUUCAUGGGGAGUUACCAUGGAAACAGCAGACAAACAAAAAAUAUGACAGUGUCGAACCUCGGCUCACAGUCUGGUAUGGAGACCUGGCAUACAAUUACUCCGGGGUGCUCCAAGUGCCCAACCCAGAGUGGUAUCCCCUCCUCAAAAAUCUCAAAGAUCGUUUAGAAGAAGUGACCGGGUGUCAGUUCAAUUCAAUGUUAGGAAACCUAUAUCGUGAUGGAAAGGACAGUAUAGCGUGGCAUGCUGACGAUGAGCCUAUUUUAGGGACCCAUCCAAUAAUUGCUUCCUUAUCGUUUGGUGAUUCACGACUCUUUCAACUCAGGAAAAAUGUCCCCGAGGGUGAAAGCUAUGACAAUAGCCAGUAUCUCAAGUUACCACUGACGCAUGGUAGUCUGCUCAUAAUGGAGGGUGCAACACAACUCGACUGGCAGCACAAAGUACCAAAGGAAUAUCACGACAAAGGCCCAAGGAUAAACCUUACGUUCAGAGUUAUUAUUCCUGAAUGACAUGUGGUCUCAAGACAUACAAGGACAUUAACAAAUCGGACAGCAUAACCUCUGAAGUUAAUCAGUAAUCUUUCCCCACCUUGUGCUCUUGACAGCAAAAAUGAUGUAAAAAUCUGUCAACCUUUUUGUUUAGGCUAUUGCUUCUGGCCGCAUGUGUCACUAUGCUGAUAAACCAAGUUGCAAUUGGUGCCCAAUACUAGUGUGAAUUAUUUCAACUAUCAAUGUGUAUGGCAUGAUUAUGUACAUAGAAAAAUAUAACUUA